GAGGAAGAGGCGGAAAGGUGGGUGUAGAUCCUAAAGGACCAAUCACAGGUGGUCAUCAGGUCAGUACUUAUCUGCACACUGUCCCGCCGCUCUCUGAUUUUUUAAUCUUUGUCUUCUGUGAACUGUGGUCCUUCAACAAUCACAGCAUGACGACCUACACAGAUAAAGGAGAGAAGCCCGAGAGGGGGAAGUUUGUCAGGUUUCAUCACAUCACCUUCUGGGUCGGCAACGCCAAACAGGCGGCUUCUUUCUACUGCGACAAGAUGGGCUUCGAGCCGCUGGCCUAUAAAGGUCUGGAGACGGGCAGCAGAGAGGUGGUGUCUCAUGUCAUCAGGCAGGAUAAGAUAAUGUUUGUGUUUCAAUCUCCGCUCAAUCCGGGAAACGAAGAGAUGGGAGAACACCUGAUGAAGCACGGAGACGGAGCCAAAGACAUCGCCUUCCAAGUGGAGGACUGUGACUUCUUAAUCAAGACAGCGAGGGAGCGAGGAGCCGUGGUGGUGAAGGAGCCAUGGGUGGAGAAGGACAGCCACGGGACGGUCAAGUAUGCAGUGUUGCAAACGUAUGGAGACACGACACACACACUCAUUGAGUACCUGGGUCCAUACAAAGGCCUGUUCCUGCCCGGAUACAGAGAGCCUCUGUUCAGAGACCCUCUGUUAGCUACACUUCCAGCUGGAGGUUUGAACUUCAUCGAUCACAUAGUGGGAAACCAGCCAGAUGAUGAAAUGGUGCCAAUUUCAGACUGGUACCAGAAGUGUCUGAUGUUCCAUCGGUUCUGGUCCAUAGACGACAAACAGAUCCACACACAGUACAGCUCCCUGAGGUCCAUAGUGGUGACCAACUACGAAGAGACCAUCAAGAUGCCCAUCAAUGAACCCGCAAAAGGGAAGAAAAAGUCCCAGAUCCAGGAAUAUGUGGACUAUAACGGAGGACCAGGUGUUCAGCACAUCGCCCUCAACACGUCAAACAUCAUUCAAGCCAUAGUGAACUUGCGAGCCCGAGGGAUGGAGUUCCUCGCAGCGCCUGACGCGUACUACAAGAGCCUGCGGGAGAAACUCGAAACCGCCAAGAUCACGGUGAAGGAGGACCUCGACCGUCUACAGGAGCUGAAAAUCUUAGUUGAUUUUGACGACAAGGGCUACCUCCUUCAAAUCUUCACCAAACCCGUGCAGGACAGACCCACGCUUUUCCUGGAGGUCAUUCAGCGGAACAACCACUUUGGCUUUGGGGCGGGAAACUUCAAGUCUCUCUUUGAGGCCAUUGAGAAGGACCAAGACGCCAGAGGCAACCUCACCGUGCUGACACCUGAAGGACAGGCCAAAGUGUUUGACUGAUCCUCCUCCUCUGCUGCUGCUGCCAAAGCUCACUUAAACUAUUUUAUAUUCUUAUGUAUAUUCCAGAGGUUAUCAACCACAUCAUCCCUCCACUACUGUAAAACAAUAAACCACCUUCACAGAGGGAUGAAGAGCUUCAUGCGGUCUAUGGAAAAUGCUUUCAGAUACGCUUCUGUUGUUUUCUUGCUGUGUGAAGAGAAAUAAAGAAACCCUGCUUCAUAUGA